AUGAACCAGAACGAGCGAUAUAAACCCGGUGCAGGCUUCGCAUUUAAGCCAGCCAGCAAUAUCAAUUCCUCAGAGCUCCCAGACUUCCCCAAGUGGUCCAAGAAGCACAACAAGACCAAAGACUCAGCACUCCACGAAAUACACGGCACAAUGGUCAACGAACGAGCACCACCCUUGCAGUCUCUGGCCAGCCGCCUUGCGGCAGGGGGAAGUGCUGGGCCCUCCAAGGCGAAAUCUACGGACGACGACGACGAUAUUAGUGCCAUCGUCAACGGAUGGUCCUCACUUAAAACCAGCGUCCCCCAAGGCUCAACACCCCCGUUUCCAGAAACGACAAAAGUACCAGGAUUUGGGCAUCCAACGAAGCUGGUAUCGUCUCGCAAGCAGAAGGCCGAUGUCUUUAUUCGUCAGACAACCCGACCAGAACACCAUAUUAGCAACACCAAAAUCAAUGCCCCAAAGCCCCGCGCCUACGCCGAUCGCAAACCCCCUCCUCUGCCCGUCUUCAACUCAAAUCAGGUAGAAAAGCCCGCUCUCGGCAAGCUUGGCGAGGAAAUAUUCUAUACCGACCCUGCAAAGGCCAGUGCAGAUCUGAAGGCGCUGCUCGAAGGUGGUGUGGACGAUGAAGUUGAAGAGGAGGAGCAGUCAGAGCCACCUGCGAUUACCUCGGAGGAGGAGAAGACGACAGAAAAGCCCAAGAGACAAGUCAAACAGCGUAUAAGCAAAGAUGGCAGGAUAAACGGUCUGAAGGUCCGCCUAUUGCCUCAUCAAGUUGAGGGUGUCGAAUGGAUGGUUGGUCGGGAACUCGGCCCUGUGAAGCGAGGCACCGUUCCCAAAGGAGGGCUUCUUGCGGAUGACAUGGGUCUCGGUAAAACUCUUCAGACCGUGGCUGUGAUUCUUUCAAACCUCAAACCGGAAAAGGGCUCAGAAAACUGGAAGCCCCAAUACGAAAAGACAGAAAAAACUACUCUGGUCGUCGCUCCGUUAGCUCUCAUCCGACAAUGGGAACACGAGAUUAAUGACAAGGUGGAAAAGGCCACCGGAUUAAAAGUUUAUGUCCACCAUGGCCCACAACGAACCAAGAACUUCAAGGAUUUCAUGAAAUACAACGUUGUUAUUACGACGUAUCAGAUUUUGGUAUCAGAUCAUGCCGGCUCGUCAGAGGCUGAAGAUGGCAAGAAGACUGGCUGCUUCGGCCCAACGUGGUGGCGCAUUGUUCUAGAUGAAGCUCACACCAUCAAGAAUCGCAACGCCAAGGCAACAAAGGCUUGCUAUGCCUUGCGAUCUGAAUAUCGCUGGUGUUUGACUGGUACACCGAUGCAAAACAAUCUCGACGAACUGCAGUCACUUAUUAGAUUCUUGCGGAUCAAACCAUAUGACGAACUGCGCCAGUGGAGAGAGCAUAUUGAUCAACCGUUGAAGAAUGGCAAGGGACAUAUUGCUAUUGGACGUUUACACAGCGUUCUCCAGUGCUUCAUGAAGCGACGCACAAAAGAUAUUUUGAAGGAGGAAGGAGCAUUGAAGCCUGGAGGCAAGCUUGCCGAGGGCGAGAGCGAGGGUGAUGAUCCUGGUCCUGGCUUCAAGCACACCGAACGAAAGGUCAUCACUGUCUCCGCUGAGCUUUCUGUUGCGGAACGCCACUUCUAUGAUCGCCUAGAGGAUCGAACUGGCGAGAGUAUGAAGCGCAUCAUGCAAGAGGGGCUCAGCUACCUGAAUGCCUUUACACUGCUGCUGCGUCUGAGACAGGCCUGUAACCACCCGAAACUUGUUGAGGGCAAGAUUGAGAAGGAUCGGGAUGCGAUGACUACUGACAGCAGCCAGAGCCAGAGUCAAAAUCAAAAGUCCCAAGAGACUGAGAUAGAUUCCAUUGCAGAUCUCUUUUCUGGAAUGGGGAUAGAAUCCAAGAAAUGCGAUAUCUGCUCCAUGGAGCUUUCCAAAGCCGAUGCUACACAAGGGCUCGGUACUUGCUCGUCUUGCAAGGAAGACAUGGCCGAGUUCAAGGAAUUUGAAAAGAGCAGCAAGAAAAAGAAGAAGGCGACGAAGGUCAAGAAGUCCAAGUCCAAGUCCAACAAGCAACGCCAACCUGAGCAAAAGCAGCAGCCAACAGCCAGCCAGGCAACCCGACGUCCACGCAACCGCAAUGCUAUUAUUGACAGCGAUGACGAAGACAGUGCGGAAGGUAGCUGGCUUGUUGCGGACGGUGAAAGAGGCCCUGUAAAUCUUGGCAAAGCUGGAGGUGAAGAAGACGAGAAUGCUGCCGGGCCUACCGAGUGGCUUCGAUCGGACGAAGAGGAGUCGGAAGAUGAGGAUCAGAGCAACCUGAGCAGCUUUGUCAUCGAUGACGAGAACGAUCAAAAGCAUGCACAGGACUCGAAUGCUUCUCUUUUGUCGAUAGACGCCUUAGCCAGACAGCUUGGGUCACAGACGUUGGAAGACAAGCCAUCUGCAGCAUCGCAGGCCUCUGUCACCGAGAGCGACGACAACGACGAUGGCAGCUCUGACGAUGAAUCGUCGAGCUCUAUGUCUGCCAUUGACGAGUCGGAACUAUAUUCUGACGACGACGAUGGGCGCCCGGCGCCCGGCACGAGCCAGAUUGCAGCGUCUGCCAAGAUUCGCGAGCUCAGUCGUAUCCUGCACGCCGAGGCCCACGAGCAUAAAUUCAUUGUCUUUUCGCAAUUUACGUCCAUGCUGGACCUGAUUGAGCCCUUUGUCCGCAAAGACGGCUUCAAGUUUACGCGCUACGACGGCAGCAUGCGUAACGACGAGCGCGAAGAGAGCUUGCGCCGACUCCGCGAGGACAAAAACUGCCGCGUGCUCUUGUGCAGUCUCAAGUGCGGUAGUCUGGGUCUCAACCUCACGGCUGCCACCCGUGUCGUCAUUGUCGAGCCUUUUUGGAACCCCGUAUGUCCCCCCCCCCCUUCCGUCCACACGAAUGUCUCAGUGAACCUUCUGCCCUUACUUACCACGGAAAAAUCACAGUUUGUCGAGGAGCAAGCCAUUGACCGCGUCCAUCGCCUCAACCAGACCGUCGACGUGGUCGUCUACAAGCUCACCGUCGCCAACACGGUCGAGGAGCGAAUCCUUGACCUGCAAGAGAAAAAGCGGCUGCUCGCCGAGCAGGCCAUUGACACCGGCGCCAAAAAGGGCGCGCUCAAGCUUGGCCUCGGCGAAAUCCUUGCCAUGUUCAAGCCCGACGGUCAUUUCAGCAACGGUACGGGCUCCAAGGGCCUCCGCGAGCAGAUUGGCGCCGCCUCACGCUUUGUAAGCGGCAGCGGCAACGGCAAGAAGUCGCCGCCGCGGCGCGAGGAGAGCUCUGUCUACGGACGACGGUGGUAA